GAAUAGGUUUCAUUUCAGAGUGUAAAGUUCAUGUAUUUCUAAUACUGGGCGGCUUUCUUGCUCUAUAAAAUCAGAGAACUGAAGGUCUUUGUCGCCAGAAAAUUUGGACAUCACUAUCUAAAGGGGUCACUUUCAAAGUAUUAACUAAGUAAAUUGCACCACUGUUUUGUAGUUUUUUAAUAAAAGCAAAAGCAAAAACAAAAACCAAUGGAACCGAGAUCAAACACGCCUUUCCUUUUAUUAUUUACAGGGGGAAUAAUCACAUAUAUCCUCUGGCUAGAGAAAAAUACAUAGCCACUCAAUGCAAACUUUUAUAUUGGGUCCAGGUGUCCCUCCAGUGAACUUUUGGCAAGUUUAUUUUUAAAAAUGGAGCAACUAGACUUACUGAGUCCCAUCCAAACAGACGGUCUAGAGGCAAAUAUCCGUGAGAUAUAGCAAAAGACGUAUUGUCUAAGACUCCGAGGCAAAUUUUUAAUCGCGAUAUACGUAUUUCAGACUUAAGAAAUGGGAAAGCAAGAAGAAAGCAAAUGGUUUGGGCAAGAUACAAUGUCUUGAACGUCGAGUGCGAGUCUCCAGGCGGUGAGAGUCCCUUUGAUCAAGAAAAUCCAAUUAUUUGUGUAUAUACAUUUCCCACAUAGUGAUUACUUCAUUAAUUGUCCCGCCUUUAUCUCCUCCCUUCCCAUCCCCCCUAAUAAUCAGUUCUUUUAUCCAGACCAACAAACACACCAUAGGAGCUUUGUGGAUUCAAAGGAUUUGCUUUCGCUUCUGAAAGAGCCGCUAUUCUUUGAUGAUUGGGCAGCGGCAAACUUCAAAGCCAUAAAUCUUCCUCCUGACUGGCUGGCGGCCCAGCAAAGUCCUUAUCAAAUUCUUGGAGGUGAUCCUGGUGCAGUCAGACAGUCCGCGGAGAUCGCGCUGAGCCCGGGCUGGCCGAGACUAGCAGAAGUCGGCGAGGGGGAGAAGAAAUCGAGCGGAGGGCAAGGGAACCGGGCAGCUUUUCAGCUGCCUCUUGGCGACUUUAUGUCGCGGCAGUGGCCCUCCGGCCUCUUCUCCCUCCGGACGCGAUAGCCAUGGCCGCGGUGGCCGUCCUCCGGAACGACUCCCUGCAGGCGUUUCUUCAGGAUCGGACCCCCAGCGCCUCUCCGGACUUGGCCAAGCACUCACCUCUGGCUCUCCUGGCCGCCACCUGUAGCCGCAUCGGGCAGCCGAGCGCGCCGGUCGCUCCUUCGGAUUUCCUGCAGGUCUCCUACGAGACAAGCUUGGGCUCCCCGUCCAGGAUCUUUCACCCGUGGAGCAGCGAAAUGCCAGCCCACUCCCCGGGCGGACUGCCUCCCCCGCCGCCGAGCCUCGGGCUCACUCCGCAGCCGGCUUUCGCGGCCGGCCACGAGCUGCCGCUGACGCCCCCCGCGGAUCCCUCGUACCCUUACGAAUUCUCGCCGGUCAAGAUGCUCCCGGCUUCCAUGGGCGCCCUCUCCUCCGCCUGCCCCGCGCCGGCUUAUGUGCCCUACGCCGCCCAGGCGGCCCUCCCGCCCGGCUACUCCAACCUGAUGCCCCCGCCGCCCGCCCCUCAGUCCUGCAGGCAGCUCUCGCCGGGGCCCGAGGACCUCCCUUGGUGGAGCAUCCAACAGGCGGCGCCAGGGCCGGGCACUUGCGCACAUCGCUUCGCCGGCGGGUUGCAGCGCGGGCUGGUCUUGGCGCCCUCGGAGCUGGCGCAGUACCAAUCGCAGCUGGCCGCCCUGCUGCACCCCAAAGCGCCCCUGGCGGCCACGGCCAGGAGGUGCCGCCGCUGCCGCUGCCCCAAUUGCCAGGUGGCAGCAGGCAACGGACCCGACGCCACCGCCGAGCCCGGGAAAAAGAAGCAGCACGUGUGCCACGUCCCCGGCUGCGGGAAGGUCUACGGCAAGACGUCGCACCUCAAGGCGCACCUGCGCUGGCACACGGGCGACCGGCCCUUCGUCUGCAACUGGCUCUUCUGCGGCAAGAGCUUCACGCGCUCCGACGAACUCCAGCGGCACCUGCGGACUCACACCGGCGAGAAGCGCUUCGGGUGCGCCGAGUGCGGCAAGCGCUUCAUGCGCAGCGACCACCUGGCCAAGCACGUCAAAACGCACCAGAACAAGAGGCUCAAGGCCGGCCUCGGCCUCGGCCUCCCUGGGGUCGACGGACGCGCUUGCGCAAUCAAGCGAGAGGAGUCGCGGGACUUGUGACCUGUUGCGGGGUGGGUUUGUGCUGAGGCGCUUUUGCGCUCCCUCUGCUUUCCUCAGCCGCCCCCUUGCAGGCCGCUUCUCUUCCCGAGAAAAAUUCCACUUCAGCCCCAUUCAGAUUCUGAACAUUUCGGGAACAAGCGGGAGAGCUUGUUUGGAGACCAUUAAAAGAGGAGCUGUGACACACACAGCACACACACACACACGGAAAAUUUCCGAAGUCUGGCACCUUAGAGGCUUGCUUGUCAGAUAGAUUUCCUUUAAGAAGCAAUUGGGAAAUCCUUGGUCAGGAGACUUAAGGGAUUGAUGGUUUUCCUUGGAUUCCAAUCUCAGCCCUGGGGAAUAAACUGCCCCCCAUAGACCUCGUUUUGUGUGAUUUGAAGUGCAGCCAUGAAACCCAUCUGUGGAUUUGGAACUGCUCUGUGGAUCUGAGAUUAGCCUUCUGUGAAGAGGUUUUGUUUUUCCUUUGGAUCUCCCCCCCCCUUUCCCCCCCUCCCUUUUGAACUCCAUAUUAAGGCUAUCAUGGGAUCUCAUCUUCCAUCCAGCUUCCCCAAAGGAUUAUGGCUUCAUUGGCAAUUGCUUGUGGCCAGGAGAUAGUGGUCCCACCUUCAACCCACAUUUGGAAACAUCUGGCCAUAAUGGACUAGAAUGCUUUUUUUAAAAAAAAAAUAGAAACAGCAGCAUAAGCCUGGUUAUAGAGUGUCUUGGUAUAAUUUUUUGCCUUGUGUUUAGUUGGGGAGAGAUCAGCCCUUUGUAUACAGUUUUGGAUAAGAUCAUUACCCCUUCCGUCCCCCCUUAUUUUUAUACUUGAUUCCCAUAUAGGGACUACACCAUGAGAAGUUUGAAGCGACACACAGUGCGUCAGCAUGCUAAAAUAAAUGCAUCAACUCUGGGGUCAUAUUGGGAAGAUCCCACUGAGCUGAUUUCCUCUGGUUGUUUAUUUCUUCUGAAACUUUUCGAACAUAUACCACUAACCUAUUUUAAGUGUUUGUUUCACCUCAACAAAUGUCCCAUUUAGAUGGAGAACACCUUAGUAUGAGGUCCCAUCUGCAGCUCAUAUUAUUAAAACUCAGCAUUGUAAAGAUCACCUAUAUUUUCCUUGUGGAAUAUAUUGUAAUGGUAUAAAAUGUGUGACUUUUUAUUGCUUUAGCUAUUAUUUUUUAAAACAAUUGCUGAUCAGAGUUGUAACAUUCAAACAUUACAAGGAAACAAUAAUGUGUAUACCUUGUUUGCAUCCCAGUUGAAAACUGCCAAGUACAAGGAGCUUGAUCCAAAAUGAGAAACAAAUCAACUACUGUAUAAUUAUAUUGAAGGGAUUUAUGUUUAGUGGUGUUAAAAUCGGCAAGGCUUAUUUCUGUGUAAUAAGAACCACCAGCCAAAGUUAUUUUGUUUAACUUCUAUUGUCUUCAUUGGGCUUAGGAGUUGCAAGAUCAUGCUUAACAGUCGAAAAAGCAGCAUACAGUAUGACUUUUAAGAAGAAAUAUUAUAUGGCAGCAUAAUACUAUAGGAAUAUGGUUUGUCAGAUUUUUUGCCAUUUUUGUUCAGUCUUCUGCACUGCGAAAAUUGUUUCACAAUUUAGAAGAUUUCAAGUUGAAAAUCAAGAAAAUCAAAUUUGAAGUUUCUUUUUAAUUUCCAGAUGUCAGAAUAAAGAUGCAAUUUUGUACCAUGAGCGCAUAAUUUGGGGAGUUACAUCUUCUAAGUGCUCCUAACGCACAUAGAAAAUAUCCAACUUUUUCUGAGAUUUUAUUUUAUAUUUCUAUAUUAUAUAAACAUUUAUCAAAGCAGUGACAGCCCCUAAGUGUUCGUCUUGUAAAGCCUGCAAACUUUCAGAUCACAACCCUGUAAAUUUGUAAUAUAAAUAUAAUAAAAAAAGGAAAAUUCCAUAUUCUUUGAAAAAUAAUUUGUCAACUACAUCUUAAAAUAAAGAUUUUGCUACAAACUAACAUGCAUUCUCAUUUAAAGUACAAAACAAAAUUCCAGUUGGAGCUUUCUGAAUAAAGUUCAAGCUUGUGUUCCCAGUUUUCUACUCUAUAUUGUAGAUUUGAAAGUAAUUGUGGACACCCAGCAUCACAGUGAAUGUUCUAGGACUAUGGUACUAGUAGAAAUAGCCAUCUGAAAUAGAAUUGUUUAGUUACUUUUGCAAUUUUAUUAUUGUUUUAAUGCAAACAUUUGGCAAAUCGUAUAAGCAGCAGGAUGAAUUUGUUUUUAAGGUACUACAUUGGGUUAAGCAAUUUAAAAGAGAAAAUUGCCAAAGCUCAUCUGCGAAGUUGCCAUUUUUACUAGCUGCGCAGUCUAGAAGAUCCAUGGGAGUAACAACACUAAAACUUAUUCCAUAUAGCCUUCAGAAAAAUGUAAUUAGUUUUAAAUCUGGAAGGGCACACUGUUUUAAACUAGAUUACUUGGGAUUAUUUUGCAAUAUUGCCUUCUAAUAAAAUAUGUUUAACUUUAAUACAAAUGCUUUCUAAUCUAUGAGACAAUAUUUUUUCAAUGUUUACAUCUCUUCUGAGAUGAAUGUGAACAUUAGAGAUUGAGAGUGAAAUUAUGGUGCAAGUUAAAAUAUAGUGUCAAAGGAAUUUAUUUUCAAACAGAUGGGAAUAUUAGGAAUUUAGGAUUGUAUUUUAAAUGCAGAAUUGAUUGGAUUAAAGUAUGUAUGGUAAAUUAUAAUUAAAUAUUAAUUCAUUUA